AUGAUAGUUCGGAGUCAGGAAGUGCUUUUUUCCACAGAGGGCAGCACAGUCGCAAAAAUCGCCACGUCGGUAAUAGAAGUGACAAAAAUGACAGCUCUCGUAGCAACAAUAAAUAAAUCAGAUAAACAGAAAAUAAAAUGCUACAAGUGCCAAGAAUUCGGGCAUUAUAAAAAUCAGUGCACCAAGGAACCAAACCAACAACAUGUACUAAAGACAACGAACGCUUUUUCCGCAGUUUUCUUGAGUGGAAAUUAUUCUAAAAAUGACUUUUAUGUGGAUAGCGGUGCCAGUGUUCAUUUGACCCCGGAUGUAAACGUUGUAAAAAAUCCGUGUUUUUCACCCCGAAUAAAGGAGAUAAUAGCAGCAAACAAAAGCGCUAUGCCCGUAGUGUGCUCGGGUGAUGUAAAUAUAAUAACAAAAACUUCAAGUACCCGAUAUGAAGUGACAUUGAAAGAAGUUUCAUGUGUUCCUAACCUCUCCACAAACUUGAUUUCUAUUAGUCAGCUGAUAAAAAACGGCAAUAGUGUAGAGUUAAAAGAUAAUUGCUGUUACAUUUACAACCAAGAGAACAGUUUGGUUGGAAUGGCAGACGAAAUAAAUGGUCUUUACAAGUUGAGGUUAGAAAACGAGCAGUGUUUGUUUACAUCUUCUAUUGCAUCGACUAGUAGUGAAGUUUGGCACAGAAGAAUGGGAUAUUUGAACAUGAAUGAUUUGAAGAAGAUGAGAGAUGGAGUAGUCACGGGUAUUACUUACUCAGAUAAGUCGGAGAUCAACAAAGGUACGCAGGAACAAGGAGCAGCAAACCAUUGGAUGCAAUCCAUGCUGAUGUUUGCGGACCAAUGGAGAUAA